AUGCCUACUCUUGCCAUCGCUGGUGGAACCUCGGCCAGUCUUGGUCGAGCCAUUGUCACUGCUCUGUUAUCCUCCCAACGUCACUCAUUGUGGAACGCGGUCAUACUCUCUCGGUCUCAAAAAGUCCCCCUCUGGCUCCGCGCCAUCGACAAAGACAGCACACGUACCCAGGUUCGCGCAGUCGAUUACCUCUCCACCGAAUCUUUGGCACAGGCCUUGAAAGGCGCCCACACUGUCGUCUCGGUCACCUCGGCCAUUGACGGGACUCAGGCCCAGAUACAAAAGAAUCUUUUACAUGCUGCCGUCAAGGAGGGCUGCAAGCGGUUUGCCCCGGCGCAGUGGGUGUUUGGUCCAAAGGGAGUGACUAGCAUCCAAACCACACGGUCGUUCUUUGAGGGUGUGUGGGACGAAUGCCUCAAGUUCAAGAAUGAGAUUGAGUGUGCCAAGUUCAACCAGGGCGCAUACAUGAACUAUAUCGGCCAUGGGAUAUAUCCGACCCCUUCAAAAGUGGCCGAUGACACAGCUCUCGAGCUGAUGUCGGCAGGAUAUGGUUAUAUGCCUGGCGAAGACGAGGCGUGUGAGGGUCUGUUGAGACAAGGCGAUUUGGCAGAUGGCUCAGGCGGCUUCCUGAUUGGGCUUCGCAACGGCAUCGCAGAGCUUCCUGUCAAAAAUGAUGGCUCCUGGCCCCGGAUCACCACGACAACGGUGGGAGACGUAGGCCGGUUCUUUGUGGCAUCUCUCCUGUUGCCAAAAUGGGAAGAAUCCAUGAGCAUGGUUGGCGAGACCCUCACCAUGGGCGAGCUCCUCGCGCACGCGGAAGCCGUCACAGGAAAGAAGUUUCUAGUGAACCGAUUGACACGAGUUUAUCUCGAGAAAAGGUUAUCAGAAAUUGCGCCGGACGACUACAUGGCGCAGAUGUGGACAGAGUUUAAACUCGCCUAUACACGGGAUCUCGAUGAUGAGAUGGUCUUGAAGCCCGUGGUCAAUGAGCUUUGUCCUGAAGUGCGGCCCAUGGGAGUGCGGGAGUAUAUGGAAAAGUACUGGGCUUGA